AUGACCUCGAGCACGCAACCAAGAAAAAAGCGUAGCAAAAAAACAAAGACACCUGAGGAGCAGCAGCCUAGCAAAAUAACAAAGACACCUUACGAGCAGCAGCCCAAUAAAAAAAGAAAGCAGCCCAGCAAAAAAAGAAAGACAUCUUGCGAGCAGCAGCCCAGCUUGCUCGAAACAAUUCUUAUUCGCCGCUACGAUUGUUCGUACGAACAUGUUCUCGUACGUGGCACAGUCGGAGGGGAAAAAAUCGACAUUGCCUUUCAAGUUCCUACCAUAUCAGAUAUCCACCAACAUCUCAAUAAUCCGCGUAAAAAUGGCCAGACUUGUGUGCAUGGAGCGUAUUUGUUGUUCCGCACCUUUUUUAAUGCGCGUAUUUCUGAAGACCCUACAAUAAAGAGACAACGUGGGGUAAUCUCUAAACUUAGCAAGGAGAUAUGGGACAAUGCUGGAAAAGAAGUAAAAGACAGAUUCUCCAAGUUAGCGAAAGAAACGCACGACAAAUUCAAAAGAGAAGUUCCUCUAAUCUGGGUAGGCGAAAGCAAGGGUAAAAGCGAAACCUGCGCUGUUGAAAGCAACAGCAACAACAGCGAAGCUAAUGUUGGAUCGGAAGUCAAAACUAAAGCUAGAGACGUUGUCGCAUCCACAACCGCUGCAACUGAAAUUACUCCAACUGGAUCCGUUUCUGUUUUCACUUUUUCUGAAAACCAGCCAACCAACAAUAAUAGUGUUUCAUAUUCGUAUGAUACAUACGAAUUCCUUCAGGCAGAAAUACCAAACUUCUGUUUCACCAUUGACAAUACUCCUGAUGCAAAUAUACCUUAUUAUACACAAUCAAAUGAAGGCAUUGUGGAUUACAGCGGGCCUAUGCCCAUGGAACCGCUUUCUGCGACUACGGAAUAUGAUAUAGUAGUUGACUCCGACCAAGGCGUCGAGUGGAGAGAGUAUGCGCUUUAG